AUGCAAUUCACACUCCUCCUCGCCACCAUCUUCGCCUCGCUCGCUGUAGCAGCACCUGUAGGCAGCAGGACAGGAUCCGCCCUGGUACCUCGUCAGUCGAGCGCUUCUGGCAGCGGCAGCAACAACGCUGGCUCGACCUCAACCAGCACAACGAAUGGUGGCCUUCUCGGUGGUCUCUUAGUCGGUGGUGCCGCCGCCGCAUCCGAAGAUGGCCAAAGUACAAGCUCCUCAAGCACAUCGGAGUGUGAUCUGAUCACCUGCACCAGUGGAAGCAGUGCUGCUGGUCCAUCUGGAAGCUCGUCCUCGUCGAGCAGCUCAGGCCUGGGAAGCAAGUCUGCAUGA